GUGUGCGCGGCGGGCGGCGGCGGCCGGGGAGGCCCGGGAGGCCGCGGCGCGGUCACUGCGAGCCGAGCCGAGCCGCGCCGAUCGCCCUCCGGCCCCGGCUCCCGCGAGCGAUCCCGGCCGGCGGCGCGGCCCGGCGGGCCCGGCGGCGCCGCAGCCCAUGGAGCUCGAGAACAUCGUAGCGAACACGGUGCUACUCAAGGCCCGGGAAGGUGGUGGUGGGAAUCGCAAAGGCAAAAGCAAGAAAUGGCGACAGAUGCUGCAGUUUCCCCACAUCAGCCAGUGUGAAGAGCUGCGGCUCAGCCUCGAGCGUGACUACCAUAGUCUGUGCGAGCGGCAGCCCAUCGGGCGCCUGCUGUUCCGUGAGUUCUGCGCAACGAGGCCCGAGCUGACCCGCUGCAUUGCCUUCCUGGAUGGAGUGGCCGAGUAUGAAGUGACCCCCGACGAGAAGCGGAAGGCCUGUGGGCGGCGACUAGUGCAGAAUUUUCUGAGCCACACGGGUCCUGACCUCAUCCCUGAGGUCCCCCGGCAGCUGGUGACUAAUUGCUCCCAGCGGCUGGAGCAGGGGCCCUGCAAAGACCUCUUCCAGGAGCUCACCCGGCUGACACACGAGUACCUGAGCAUGGCUCCUUUUGCCGACUACCUCGACAGCAUCUACUUCAACCGUUUCCUACAGUGGAAGUGGCUGGAAAGGCAGCCAGUGACCAAAAACACCUUCAGGCAGUACCGAGUCCUGGGCAAAGGAGGCUUUGGUGAGGUGUGUGCCUGCCAGGUGCGGGCAACGGGCAAGAUGUAUGCAUGCAAGAAGCUGGAGAAGAAGCGGAUCAAGAAGCGGAAAGGGGAGGCCAUGGCACUCAAUGAGAAGCAAAUCCUGGAGAAAGUGAACAGUAGGUUUGUAGUGAGCUUAGCCUAUGCCUACGAGACCAAGGACGCGCUGUGCCUGGUGCUGACGCUGAUGAAUGGAGGCGACCUCAAAUUCCACAUCUACCACAUGGGCCAGGCUGGCUUCCCCGAGGCGCGAGCUGUCUUCUACGCCGCGGAGAUCUGCUGCGGCCUGGAGGACCUGCACCGGGAGCGCAUCGUGUACAGGGACCUGAAGCCGGAGAACAUCCUACUGGAUGACCACGGCCAUAUCCGAAUCUCUGACCUGGGGCUCGCGGUGCACGUGCCAGAGGGCCAGACCAUCAAGGGUCGUGUGGGCACUGUGGGCUACAUGGCUCCGGAGGUGGUGAAGAACGAACGGUACACAUUCAGCCCAGACUGGUGGGCGCUGGGCUGCCUCCUCUAUGAGAUGAUCGCAGGCCAGUCCCCCUUCCAGCAGAGGAAAAAGAAAAUCAAACGAGAGGAGGUGGAGCGGUUAGUGAAGGAGGUGCCUGAGGAAUACUCUGAGCGCUUUUCCCCACAGGCCCGCUCACUCUGCUCCCAGCUCCUGUGCAAGGACCCCGCUGAGCGCCUGGGGUGUCGUGGAGGUGGUGCCCGUGAAGUGAAGGAACACCCCCUCUUCAAGAAGCUGAACUUCAAGCGGCUGGGAGCUGGCAUGCUGGAGCCACCCUUCAAGCCUGACCCCCAGGCCAUUUACUGCAAGGAUGUUCUGGACAUCGAACAGUUUUCCACAGUGAAGGGCGUGGAGCUGGAGCCCACUGACCAGGACUUCUACCAGAAGUUUGCCACGGGCAGUGUGCCCAUCCCCUGGCAGAAUGAGAUGGUGGAGACGGAGUGCUUCCAGGAGCUGAAUGUCUUUGGGCUCGAUGGCUCAGUUCCCCCAGACUUGGACUGGAAGGGUCAGCCCCCUGCGCCCCCCAAAAAGGGACUGCUGCAGAGACUCUUCAGCCGUCAGAGGUGAGCAGUGUGGGCUCCCCGUGGGUUGGCCUUGCUGCUGGGCCUCGGGGAGCCACGGGCAGCCCUUCCAUGGCAGAGGCGAGAUGUGGGCGAAAGAAGUCUGGUGCCCGCUCCCCCCCUUCCCCCAACUACUUCGUUCCCUGCACCCUGGCACCUUCAAGCUGCUGGCCUUGCUUAGCCAUCUGUCUCCCCAUGCUCUGCCUCCACCAUCUCUGGGGGAGAGGGUGUGGACAGGGCCUUGCUCUGGCGAAGCCCGAGAUCCGCCCGGACCCUCUUACUUCAGCCUGCUGUCAGUAUCCUCUGCGCUGAUGUCCACACAUGUCUGGCCUGAGCUGCUGCUCCAGGCCCCUCGCAGGGAGCCCCCAGCCCAGAGCAUGGCUCCAGGCAGCUCCUGGCAGGGCUGGCCUGGGUAGUAGCACUGGUGGCUAAUGGCACUCGCUCUGCCUCUCUCCCUCCGUGUCUUCCCCAUCCCUCCAGGAUUGCUGUGGGAACUGCAGCGACAGUGAGGAAGAGCUCCCCACCCGCCUCGAGCUCCCCACCCGCCUCUAGCCCCCAGCCUGAGGCCCCCACCGGUGGUUGGCGGUAGCAGCUACUCCGAGCGCUGUUUACAGUUUUGCACAGUGGUCUUCCCCAUUGCCCACGCGAGUUGUGGCCUGGGGAACACAGCCGGAGCUGUCCCCAGUGUCCUCUGCCCCUCAGCCCCUGGUCUGGCUGGGUUCGGGCAAGGCCUGGGCUGUCCCUGGGACAAAGGUGCGUCCCUUCAGCUCUUGUCUGUGGAGCUUGGGGCUUUCUGUAUUUAUGUAUUUGUACGAAUGUAUAUAGCAACCAGAGCGUUCUUAAGACCCACCCUGGAGCUGGCAGAGGGGCCACUGCCAAACUCAAGGCUCCUUGGGCCCAGCUUGGACAGGCCGAGACUGGGCCAGACAAGGCCCUUGAGCCCCCAGCACUGUGCUCGCCACCGCCGACCUCCGAGUGAGACUCAUGCCUGCCUCUGCCGCCCUGGGCUCGGGCCACCACCUCUUGGGGUCCAUUGUUGUCCCUUCUCAGCACUUGUCAAAGCUGGAUCUGGGGCCUCUGUAUCCCCUAGGCCUGUGCCAAAGUGUGACCAGAGAUUGGGCUGACCCUGGGACCCAUCAGUCCACUGCCCAGGCUGUCCCAGAUGGAUCUGCCUCUGCCUUCCAGCUCCCAGGGUGCCUCGUCCCUCAUGCUGGGCCCUGUCCUGAAGACACCUCUUGUAGAAACGCCCCAGCCCAGGCCGUGGGAAGGGGGAAGGAUGUUGUCCCUGGCCAACUCUCAAACAUUCCAGACUCCCCUCUUAACAGUAGACACAUGUGCCCAGCAAUAAUCCAUCCCUCCCUGUGUGUGCCUGUGGGGUGUGUAUGUGAGUGUGUGCGUGUAUGUGAAGGGGAUUGGCCGAGGUGUGUGUGUGCCUGCACCCCAGGCCCCAAUUCUGGUCCUUCCCAGGUGGUAAUGGCCAUCCUGGUCCCAGUGUUAGGGUAGCAUGGGAUUAUAGGGCCCUGGUUUUUCCGUAUUUAAAGCCAAUUUUUAUUACUCAUUUUGUCCAAUGUAAGCUGCCACGUGUCUCUGAGUGAAUACAGUCGAGCACAAACCUG